GCCCCGGCCUGUCCCACGGGCAGCAGCAGUCAGCUCCAGCCGCCGGCAGGGGUGGUCUGGACGCGAGAGCGAUGGCGCUGACCAACUUCAUCCUCACGGUGGCGGCGGUGGGUGCGGGGGUGCUCCUCUUCACCACCGACGUCCGCAAGUCCGCCGCCCUCUUCCGCCGCAACGCCCGCCAGCUCCGGCAGUGGCUCGAGGAGGACACCGCCUCCGCUGCGUCCAAGUCUGCAAAAGAAGCAGCUCCGAAGAAACUUGAUUCGACAAUCCCUAAGGAGAAGCCAAAAGAAAACAAUCACUGAUUGGAGUUGUUUAUAUGAAUGGUAUAAGCUCUCUUCAAGUCGUUUGAGCCUCUUUUCCCUGUAAUGUAAUAGAAACUUGAAGUCCUUAAGUACAUGCUCAGCAAAAUAUGUUUUCGUUUGAGCAGAGUAUUUUGGGCCCCUGUGGAGCAGCUAAUUGUUGUAUUUAUGUUUUCUUUGUAAAGAUAUAAAGCUCUUAGGUAAUCUACAUGCAUGAUGGUAGCUUUGAUGUUUGAAUGCCUUAUUAGUAAAACAGGCAUAAUAGUUUCCUUCUAUGAAGCAUUCUUGCUAUUUGCCAUUUUA